AUGGCUGCCAUCGCUGCUCGUCUCACCACAAAAGCUCUCAAGACCGACCUGCUCGAACUCGACUUCGACCCAAAGCUGGUCCAGCAAUUCGUGGAUACACCCUACAGAGUCGACUUCGCCGCAGCUCUCCUCAAGUCCCACGCCCUCUCAUCUUGCAAACCCAGAAGAGGCAGAUACACUACUACAUGUCUCUACAAAAGACCCAGCCAGCAGCCCUGGGUCAUCUACGACCCAAACAAGCACGACCCAAUCCUCGAUGCGGACACCUUGAAGCUUGUGGUCAGAUUCGCCAAAUAUAAGCCAGGUCACCCGCGCUUUUUGGAGUAUAAUACCGAGACUACAUCGCUCCGUUUUCGCUCAGCCAGACUACUCCAAGGUUUACGGAUCAAGUAUACGGCCGACGGACCUAUGCUUGAGAAGUUGGCAGAAGUGGAGAGUGAGAGUGAGGAAAAAUCGAGUGUUGAUGGUGAGGAAGAAGAACCGGAGGAGAGUGCUUCGUUGACUAAGAAGAGAGCUAUCUUGUUGACUAGCAAGAAAGCUGUCGUGUUGACUGGAGAGGAAACUGUCACCUCGACCAAGGAGGAAGCUAUCUCGUCCACCAAGGAAAAGGCUGUCACGUCCACCAAGGAGAAAGUUGUCUCGUCUAAAGGAAAAGCUACCUCAUCGACCAAGAAGAAGGCUACCCCAUCGACCACGGAGAAGGCUACCCCGCUGACCAAGAAGAAAGCUGCAUCGAUGAGUAAGGCGAGAGCCACCUCGUCAAUCACGAAGAAAGUCGUCUCGUCAGUCAAGACGAGAUCUGCCUCAGCGAUCAAGAAGGAAACUGCCUCGGCGACCAAGGAAGAAGCUGAUUCGUCGCCCAAGGUGUCCGACAGUGAUUCUGAGCUUACAGAUCUGGAAUCGGAUGAUUGA